AUGGGAGCCCGCAAACCGAGCACUGAUCGACGCAUUGCGGUCGACCUGCUGGCGAUCUUGUUCGGUGUCGGAUCGUGGGUCGGUGUGAACUCGGUGUACGUACAGCUUCCGCUGCUGGUCCAGAGUGCACCGGAAGGCUGGAAUCUGCCAUCGUUCCUCGUCGUCACCAUUCAGCUGGGUAACGUUGGCCCUAUCCUGUACACUGCGACCCAACGGUGGCGCUCGUUCCGUGAUGCCAACCUCAUCAUCGCCCUGCUGCUGCUCGGUUCCGGGGCCACCCUGGCGACGGCGUUUGCGCACGACCAGACGGUAGUCGUGUUUGGCGAACAGCACUCUGUACCCUUGUUCAUCACCGUGUUCUUCGUGGCGCUGGUCGGUUGCACCAGCUCCGUACUGUUCAUGCCCUACAUGGGCCGUUUCAAGGACAUCUAUCUGAUCACGUACCUGAUCGGGGAAGGAUUGAGCGGAUUUCUCCCGAGCAUUCUCGCGCUCGGCCAAGGCGUGGGCGGAAACGCGGAAUGCGUCCUGGUCGCGAACGAUUCUUUCGCCUGGGAAACGCCGACCUAUGAAAGCUACACACCUCCACCACGAUUCGGCACGAAAGUUUAUUUUAUCAUCUCCUCCGCCCUGCUGCUGGUUAGCUUGGUUGCCUUCGUGCUGCUGGAUCGGUUGGACAUCAGCGUUGCGGAGCACGCUGCCGUCACGAUUGGCAAUGGGAACAACUACACCUACGAGGCGAGUGACAAAACGGUCUCUUCCGGGACCGCGACUACCGAAGCGUGCGAGAAGCCUCUUCCGACCGUGUCCUACUGGCUCCUGAUGCUGCUGAUCGGUGGGAUGUGUCUGUUCGGGAAUGGGUUUUUCCCUAGCAUCCAGUCGUACUCCUGCUUGCCGUACGGUAACGUUGCCUACCACCUCGCGGUUACCCUUAGCAGCAUGGCCAAUCCGGCCGCCUGCUUCUUAGGCUUCUUCGUUCGGCGCAACACGGUACGCUUGAACGUCCUGCUCGCGGUACUGUUCGUACCGUUUGCGGCGUACGCCAUGACGACAGCCAUCCUGAGUCCAGCUCCGCCGUUAAUGCAUCACACCAUCGGCGACAUUCUUGUGAUAUCCUGCUGGACGGUCCUGAUUGGGUUGAUCAGCUACACCAGGCUUAACAUCACGACGUUACUGCGCCGUGAAGGCGGCCAAACGCUCGUGUGGGUUGGCGUGGCAUCUCAAAUGGGGUCCCUGGCCGGUUCGUUGCUCUCUUUCGGGCUCGUCAACUUUACCGACAGCUUCGAACAGUACUAUCCCUGCUGA